AUGCUCUACGGCGAGAACGACUUCCAGAUCACCGUUGGCCAGUAUGACACUUCGGAUGACAUUCAUCUCAUCAAACUCUCCGUGGAAAACGCCUACUUUACGAAUGAAAAUUCGAGCCUCCUGAUGAGUGUUUGGGAUUUCGAGCCCCUCCCGAACAUGCUGCUCAAGGUACAGCAGCUAUCCAUAAGUAUCUAUCUGCACAAGCGCGCCUCUUUAGCACCUCAUCCAGACGAAAAGGAGGCACCCGACGACUUUGAGCAGCUAAAUUACUGCCUCUACUUCCACAGCCCAGAUCGAAACGACGGGAGCGUAUGUGUGACACUCGCCAUCGAUGACAUCUACAGGUCCAAAAGAAGAUUCCGGUCUCUGGCAGAGCUCGCCGACAUGGUUCUACCGAGCCGGCUGUUGAGAGUGCAACGCCUCACCAUCACGAUCGCUCUGGAGAAGGCACCCCCAAAGUACCAAGGCCUUGUGGACGAGAGGAGGUUCCAGGAUGCACACUAUCAGCUGUACCACGUUCGCUCUUUCCUGGCCGAAAGCAAAAGGCUCAAGAUUGUGCAGAUCAAGGUCACUACUGAAGGUUUCCCCGAAUUCGCUGCUGUGGCAGCAAAGCUACUCUGGCCGCUGGUUAAACUUCCGUCAACCGCAAACACUACAAUUGUGGGGGUGUCGGAGGCCACCACGGAGCGUCUCCUGGCAGAGAUGCAACAGCAUCAGUCCGGCAACAAUCUGAGCAAGGCAGUCGACUUUCUGCAUCGCGCCCGAAAGCUAGAGCAAGUUCUGGACGUGAUUAAGGGAAAAUUGUAUGGAAGCGGAACGGAAGUCUUCGAGAUCAUUUCAAAUGAUCACUGUUCUGGGUGUCGGUGGCUACGUGGACCAGCACACCGACCCCUGGUUACUUCGUUGCAUUGA